CAAUUUCUAUGAUCUGUAUGUAUUAUAUACUUCUUGUAAAAGUGAUCUCAUGUCGCCAUUUUGUGUUUCAAUUUUGCGCUUUACAUUUUAGAGAUUUGGUUAAAGUAAAAAAGAUGUCCUCCGCGAGCGGUGAUGAGAGCGAAGUUACUUUAGCUGAACCAGUACGCCGCACAAGGACUGGUCGUGCUCGUAAAACACCUGUAGUGGCAAAAAAAUCACCGGUGAAAAAGCUUCUAGCGAGAGCUACUCGUUCCCCUAAAAAAAUUCAAGAAAUUGAGGGGAUAGAGGAGGAAUCUCAUAUGUUAGAAGUGGUGGAAAGCCUAUCUGAAAAUGGUGUACAAAGAUUGAAUGACAUUAUAAUUGAGCGACACAAUGACAGUGCUCCUAUGUUACAUUUAGAAUUAGAAGAUUCAGGAGAUACUAAUGUUCAUGAAGUAACAAUAGAUCAAAGUAUACAGUCGGAGAUAGGUGUACCAGAAUUAGAAGCUCCUCCUCCACCAAAUGUGAAUAACAUGCCUAAUACACCUAUUUUAUCUUCGCUUAAAGUAAAAGAAGCUACACAUUUAAUGCAAGAACAUUCUGGUACAGAAUGUGAUACAAUAAUUAUAGAAGAGAGUAGUAUAGACAAGGAGGAUAUGCUUUGUGAAACUGCACAAAUUGAAAUGGAAGGACAAAGCAUAAGUAAUGAUGAAAUAAGUAAUCAACGUGUGUUGAUUGAUUUCGAAGAAGUUGUAACAGAAGAUGGUGAUACCAUAACACAAGUGACCAAAAUUUUGGAUACGGAUGGAAUUCAUUCAGAUAAUGUAAUCAGUCAUGUCGAUACAGGUAUUGAAGUUAUGGAGGUUGAUGAUUCACAACAAGAAAUAUCAGAAGUUGUAGAAAAUAUUGUGGAUAAAGUGGAACCGGAUGCAGAAGCAAUGGAAACUGAAAACAUAGAAUUUUCGACUAUUGAAAUUACUGAAGGAAAUAAUGAGUCUAGCUUUCAAAUUGAUAACGGUAUAAAAAAAACAGAACCAGAUACAGAAGCAGUUUCUGAAGAUGAAUUACCUACUGAAGCAGCUACUAAGGAACCAGAAACUGAAGCUGUUUCUGAUGAAGAAUUACCAGCAGCAGCUCCUGCUGAUUUAGGUGAAACAGAAUCUGUGUCGGAAGAUGAAUUACCACCGGAUAGCGAAAAGAAAAGAAAAAGUGGUAUUAAGUCUAUAAAUAAAACGCCAGAAAAAAAAGCUAAAACGGAAGGAGGAAAUAAAAGAAAAUUAAAUGCUGAAGGAGAAUACGAUCCUAGUUCUCCAACUUCUGAAAAUAAUGAUGAGACACCAGCGAAGAAAGUCGCUCUAUCCAGUGAAACAGAGCUUGGAGAUAAUAAAUUGGAUAUAAAGCCAGCGUCACCAAAAAAGAAAACUCUACCUGAAUUAGAAAAGUAUUGGAAAGCUGUCAAUGAGGAUCCAUCAGAUUUUACAGGGUGGACAUAUCUUCUGCAAUAUGUUGAUCAAGAGAACGACGCAGAGGCAGCGCGUGAAGCAUACACCAAAUUUUUGGAGCGGUACCCUUACUGCUAUGGUUACUGGCGGAAGUUCGCUGAUUACGAGAAGAAGAAGGGCAACCCCGAAAAUGUCCAAAUGGUAUUCGACCAAGGUUCGAAAGCUAUUUCGCUCAGCGUCGACCUCUGGCUGCAUUACAUCAACCACUGCAAAACUGUCUACGAAAAGGACGAAGAAAAACUUCGUGAACAAUAUGAAAGGGCUAUUCAAGCAUGUGGAUUGGAAUUUAGAUCUGAUCGUCUUUGGGAGAGUUAUAUUAAAUGGGAAUUGGAAGGGAAACGUUUGAGCAGAGUAACGGCAUUGUACGAUCGAUUAUUAUGUACUCCUACCCUUGGAUAUAUUUCUCAUUUUGAAGCCUUUCAAGAGUUUGUUUCUUCAAAUUUACCAAAUCGAAUUUUAAGCGUCGAUGAUUUUCUUGCUCUCCGAGCCGAAGUUAAAGCUCUCCUAAAAGCAGAUGAUGCUACGUCAGCAUCAGCUGCGGACGAUGCGCCACCAGGAGAAGAACCACCUCCUCACGAAAUGCCACCUACGGACGAAGAGACACGUGCUAUCAGAGAAAAGAUAAUCAGUAGUAGACGUAAAAUGCAUAAAGCAAAUGUUAAUGCAGUGGCUGCUAGAUGGUCAUACGAAGAAGGGAUUAAGAGGCCAUACUUUCACGUUAAACCUUUAGAACGAUGUCAGUUAAAGAAUUGGAAGGAAUAUUUGGACUUUGAAAUUGAACAAAAGGAUCAAAAUAGAAUCAUCAUUCUUUUUGAAAGAUGUCUCAUAGCGUGUGCACUUUAUGAUGAAUUUUGGAUGCGGUUUGUACGUUAUCUGGAAUCAUUGAAAGGUGAUAAUGUAGAAAAAAUAAGAGAUGUUUAUUCGAGAGCAUGCAUGGUGCAUCAUCCAAAGAAACCUAAUCUACAUCUGCAGUGGGCGACCUUUGAGGAAGGUCAGGGUAAUUUUGAAAAAGCUGCUGCUAUAUUGGAAAAUAUCGAUAAUGUAUUACCCAAUAUGUUACAAAUAGCCUAUCGAAGAAUAAAUUUAGAACGCAGACGUAAUGAUUUAGAGAAAGCUUGUACAUUGUACGAAAACUAUAUAAGCAACAGCAAAAAUAGGACAAUUGCUAAUAACAUUGCAGUAAAAUACGCACGUUUUCUUUGCAAAGUUAAGAACGAUGUGGAUAAAGCUAUUAAAGUAUUAUUGAAGGCCACAGAGAAAGAUAAGGAUAAUCCAAGAUUGUACUUGCAAUUAAUAGAUCUGGGGUUACAGAGAAAUCCAGUUGAUACGCAAGAAAUUGUCGGAUACAUGGAUAUGUUUAUAGAAAGAGAACAUGCUGAUUUGGAACAAAGAGUUUUAUUUGCACAACGCAAAGUAGAAUUCCUCGAAGACUUCAGUCCUGAUAUUCGGCAAGUUUUAAAAGCACACGAACAGUUCCAAAAGUGUAUAAAACAAGCAAAAGAACGGAAAAAGACAAAGAGUGAUGAUAACAAAACUGAUUCUUCUCCUCCGAAGAAAGUGAAAACUGGAGAACAGUCUAAUAUACCUCCACCACCAUCUGUAGGUUCUCAAUCUUAUCAGUAUAGCAGUGGACCAAGCGGACCUUAUCAGUCACAACAACAGUUUCAAGGUGGCCAAUAUGGAGGUCAAGGUGGCUAUCAACAAGGUUAUCAACAAUAUCCACCUCCGUCAGAUCCUAAUUAUGCAAAUUAUCAAAAUUGGCAGUAUGGACAAGGUGGUCCGCAAGCAUAUGGACCUUAUAAUCAAUGGGGUUCUUACAAUUAUUAUUAAAGGAUUAUUCUUAAUUUCUUGUGUAAGCAGUUAUUAUGCGUUAUCAUAUUUGUUGUAUAUUUUAUGACCCUUUUUCAUUCACUUUCAAUUUAUCAAAAACGAAUAAUUUUAUCAAUUUUACCGCUAAAUUACGGAACAGGCUUUCCAAAAGUGCUAUUUCCCUUUUAACAUUUCUAUAAAUGCUUUUCGAAAUGAUAAAUAUGCACUUAAGCUUCUAAACGAUAUGUAAUGAGAGUUAAUGUAUUGAAAAAUACGUCUAUUAAUUGAGUUUGCUAUUACGUCAAGUUGUAAAAAAGUUCUUUCAAUGUCAAUGUCAUCUUUCAUACAAAUUCAUAUUAGAUACAAAUUACUUUACGUAUAUUUAACAAAUUCACGUAUGACACGGCAAUAAGCUAUGAUCGUUUUCUAUUCUUCUUGACAUAAGUCGAAUAGUUGAAAAUCGAACAGCUUACCCAAAUGACAUGAAAUAAAAACAUAGGAUAGUUUCUAAUGCAUUUUUUCCCCAUUUUU